AUGACCGAAGGUUUUUCCCAACCGGUGCUGCUGAUAGUGCAGACGAUAAACAUGAGUAGUGAAAAUCUGCAGCGCCAAAAACCCGCUCGUUUUUUGCUUGGGGUGAAUGAGAAGCUUGCACGCACAGAAAUGGAAGAGCUUCGCUUCAGCGCGUCUUGUAACACUGGAUGGUUGAAAUCAUAG